CAGGAGCAUCCCAUUGAGCACGAAGGUGGAAUUGAGGCCAUCUCAUGGGGUUGUGACAAAAAUGCCAGCAUCUGUGGAGACUCAGGUUGAUUCUUUGGAGCUGCCAUCAAUUCAGGAAUUUAGGGAGAAUUUUUUUUCACCCCGGAAGCCAGCAGUUCUCCUUGAGUGCAUCAAUCACUGGCCUGCGAGGGAUAAAUGGAAGGAUUUGGGAUAUUUUAUCCAUCAUUUUGGACAUCGUACAGUUCCCAUUGAGAUUGGCAGUCAGUACACUGAAGCUAAUUGGGGGCAGAAGCUUGUGCAGCUGAAGGAUUUCAUUGAGAGACAAUUCAUCUCUCGCAGUGAGGAAACGGUGAUUGAGUACCUGGCACAACAUGAUCUUCUCGAACAAAUUCCCGAGUUGAAGGAAGACAUCCGGAUUCCGGAUUAUUGCUAUGCAGACACAACUGAGACUGAUGUAGAGGUGAAGAUGUGGUUUGGCCCGUGGGGAACAGUUUCCCCUCUUCACUAUGACAAGAAACACAAUCUCCUGGCACAGGUGGUGGGAACGAAGAGAAUCCUUCUAGCUGAUCCCCAUGAUGCAGAAGCUGUCUAUCCAUUCGAUGGGAAAAUGCUCUCAAAUACUUCACAGGUUGAUCUUGAGAAUGUUGAUUGGGAAAAGUUUCCAAAGAUCCGGGAGAUUGCCUUCUACCAGGUUCAUCUGCACGAAGGGGAAGUCUUGUACAUCCCACCUGGAUGGUGGCAUCAUGUUAGAGCCAUCAGCAAUAGUAUUUCCCUUUCAUUUUGGUGGGAAAGUUCGAAGGAAUAAAUAUUUUGUAAGAAAAAAACUCUUUUUUAUCAGUGUAAGAAUUUUCUUGCAGUUCAUUCAUUCAAAAUCACAUGGCUUUGUUUACGUUGUUCGGUGAGAUUUUAGUUCGAUUAAGAGAAGCCUGAUUUUCCGGGGAGAAAUGAAGAGUAUCUUGAACCACGUAUUGCGAAUUAGCUGCACACGGAAUCAUCGAAUCUUUCCGGCAAGUUCAAUUUUCCGGACAAGUCACACAAAUGCAGCAACGAAGACACUUCCGGAAGGACCAGGAUUGAAGGAUUUCCUCAUAGCAGGAAAGAAUUUCCCAGCUCCAAAUCGUCCCGCUGAUGAUGUCCCGUACUUAUCAGCCCUGGACACACUGGGGCACAACCGGAAGGUCUUUUUUGAGGUAUACGGAUGUCAGAUGAAUGUUUCCGAUACGGAAGUUGUCUGGUCAAUUCUCAAAGCGCAUCAAUAUGAGAAAGUUAACAGCAUUGAGGAGGCAGAUGUUGUCCUCUUGAUUACAUGUGCCAUUCGCGAGGGGGCUGAAUCAAAAAUCUGGAAUCGUCUCCAUCAUUUGUCGGUGUACAAGCAGAAACGGAAGAAAGCUGCUCCACCAGUUCAGAUUGGUAUUCUGGGAUGCAUGGCGGAGCGCCUGAAGACACAAGUGCUGGAAAAAGAGCGCCUCGUGGACAUUGUAGCUGGUCCCGAUAGCUACAAAGAUCUCCCACGUUUGUUGGCUGUGACACGCGAUGGCCAGCAGAAGGCUGUUAAUGUUCUCCUGUCGCUGGAUGAAACGUACGCUGAUGUUACCCCAGUACGAUUGAAUUCUUCCUCCGUAACAGCCUUUGUGUCCAUUAUGCGGGGAUGUGACAAUAUGUGCUCCUACUGCAUUGUUCCCUUUACCCGUGGGAGAGAAAGAUCCCGUCCAAUGGGCUCAAUUGAGGAGGAAGUGAAGCAUCUCGCGCAUCAAGGUGUGAAGGAAAUCACCCUUCUUGGGCAGAAUGUCAACAGCUAUCGAGACACAUCAAUCCCUUCCCCAGAUGCGCCAACAAAUCUCGCUCCGGGCUUCAAAACGGUGUACAAGACAAAAGUAGGAGGUGCGAGAUUUGGAGAACUUCUCCAGAGAAUUGCAGAAGCCGUUCCGGAAGUUCGUAUUCGCUUCACUUCACCGCAUCCGAAAGAUUUCCCCGAAGAAGUCCUCAAGAUUAUUCAAAAGUACCCAAAUAUCUGCAAGAAUCUCCAUCUACCAGCACAAUCGGGGAGUUCGAGUGUUCUCGAGAGGAUGCGCAGAGGCUACACGAGGGAGGCUUAUUUGGAAUUGAUAGACCGUGUGCGAAGCCUCCUGCCCAGUGUGGCGCUCUCUAGUGACUUUAUUUUGGGUUUCUGCGGGGAGACUGAGGAGGAAUUUGACGAGACUCUCUCACUAAUUGAGACGGUCAAGUACAACGUGGCCUACAUCUUUCCCUAUAGUAUGCGUGAGAAAACAACAGCCUAUCGUCGUUACCAGGAUGAUGUAGCGACAGAAGUGAAGAAUGAACGAAUGAGGAGGACCAUUGAAGUCUUCCGGAAGAGCGCAUUGGUGCUCAAUCGGCAAAUGAUUGGGCAAGAGCAGGUGAUUCUCAUUGAGGCGGACAGCAAACGCUCUUCAGAGGACUUUUACGGACGCAAUGAUGGAAACAUCAAAGUGAUCAUACCCAAAGGUGCCCUCAAUUCCCAGCCAAUCACUCCAGGAGAUUACAUCGCAGUGAAAAUUCAUUCAGCUACAUCGCAAGUCCUCAAAGGCACACCGCUGCGGCAUACAACACUAGCAGAAUUCUACGAAAUGCGAUGAGUUAGGUAUUAAUAAAAAAAAAAUACGUUGUUAGUCUUCAAUGAAAAAUCUCAAUUAAAGAGAUUUAUGAAUUUA